AUGUCAGAAGCAAACACCAACGGCAAGCGGACAGCUAGGAUUGCGGAUGAGGCGGAUUCAGCAGAAGAUGCCAAGGCGGCAAAGAGGAGGCGAAAAGAAGCAAAGCAAGCUGCAAAAGCUGCUGCCGCUAGUGUUGACUCAGUUGCAUCUGCCCUGGACCAGACGAGCGGCGCUUCUACAACAGCUGCAAGCACCGGCUCAGCGACACACGACGAUGCCAUCAGCGCAGCGUUUGCUGCAAAGAAGCCGCAAGGCCCGUCCACCGCAGUCUCGAAUGGCUCCAAGGCAGACUCUGCGGCGGCACGAGCGUACAUGGAGGCAAAUAAUAUCACGCUCGAGCAAGUGGGCGAUUCUCAUGAGGGCUUGCCUCCUCUGCCGAUGCUCAGCUUUGACGAGCUGACGGGCAAGGUGGACGCCAGGUUGAAGACAGAGCUGGAUAGAAAUGGAUUCGCAAAGCCUACGCCUAUCCAGGCGUGUUGCUGGAGUGUGUUGCUUGCUGGAAAGGACGUAGUCGGAAUCGCAGAGACAGGAUCGGGCAAAACGUUUGCCUUUGGUCUGCCAGCACUGCACAAGCUGGUUGUCAAGGGAAUCGCUCCCGCGGACUCAGCUAGCAAGAAGGACAAGAAGGCCAAAAAAGGAAGCGCAGUUGCCAACGUCUCCGUACUCGUCGUGGCUCCUACCCGAGAGCUGGCUAUUCAGACGCAUGAGCAUAUGGCAAAGCUAGCUCGGGCAGUGGGCUUGGGUAGCGUAUGCUUGUAUGGUGGAGUGAAUAAGCAAGAACAAAUUAAGCUUCUCUCGGGCUCCCCGCCCAUCCGGGUGGUGGUAGGAACACCCGGAAGGGUGCUCGAUCUCGCCAGAGAGGGCAAUCUGGACCUAUCAGCUGUGGACAAUGUUGUUCUUGACGAGGCAGAUCGAAUGUUGGACGUUGGUUUUGAGCCCGACAUUCGAGCGAUCAUGGGCAUGUGCAGGUCGAGGGAGGAAGGCAGGUCGACGAGCAUGUUCUCGGCUACGUGGCCUCCAGCAGUCCGAGGAUUGGCGGAGAGCUUCAUGAACGACCCUGUUCGCGUCACUGUCGGAAGCGACGAGCUCAGCGCAAAUCACAGAGUAGAGCAGUCCGUCGAGGUGCUGGCCGACGGAAGAGCGAAGGAGAGGCGGUUAGAUGCAUUCUUGAAGAAGAUUGGAGCUGGACCGCGGGGUAAAGCUCCGAAUGACAAAGUCCUCAUCUUUGCGCUGUACAAGAAGGAAGCCCAACGAGUGGAAGACACCUUGCGUAGAAAUGGAUACAGCGUCGCUGGUAUUCAUGGCGACUUGAAUCAGCACCAAAGAAUGGCCAGUUUGGAAGCGUUCAAGAAAGGCGAAACUCCUCUUCUGGUUGCGACAGACGUGGCAGCCCGUGGUAUCGAUGUGCCCUCGGUCGAAUACGUGGUCAAUUACACGUUCCCGCUGACUAUCGAGGACUACGUCCAUCGAAUUGGGCGUACGGGUCGCGGUGGCAAGACUGGAAAGUCGAUAACCUUCUUCACACAAGAGGACAAGUCUCACGCCGGCGAGCUGAUUAGAAUCCUCAAGGACUCGAAUCAGCCAGUGCCCGAGGAGAUGAAGCAGUUCCCAACCACCAUCAAGCGCAAGGAACACUCGGCUUAUGGCUCUCACUAUAGCGAGCUCGUACCUGGCAAGGCAAAGUGA